AUGCCUCGAGACUAUUUUGGAUUUUCCUAUGUGAAAAGAGAUGCCAUGAAUAACACGAGCAGUAUAGCAAUCAACAAUCCAGCGGAUAUAUCUGUCAUUGUGAUUUAUUUUUUGGUGGUAUUGGCUGUCGGACUAUGGGCUAUGGUUCGCACCAACCGCGCCACUGUCGGUGGCUUCUUCCUCGCAGGCAGAAGUAUGGUUUGGUGGCCGAUUGGAGCAUCUCUUUUCGCCAGUAACAUUGGAAGUGGGCACUUUGUGGGAAUUGCCGGGACUGCUGCUGCUACUGGAAUAGCCACUGGUGGAUUUGAAUGGAAUGCCCUGAUUGUUGUGGUCCUCCUGGGUUGGCUAUUUGUUCCUAUCUACAUUAAAGCUGGGGUGGUCACCAUGCCUGAGUACCUUAAGAAGAGGUUUGGAGGUCAACGCAUUCGUAUCUACCUCUCCGUGCUGUCCCUCUUCCUGUAUAUUUUCACCAAGAUCUCAGCAGACUUGUUCUCCGGCGCCAUUUUUAUCAACCUGGCCCUCGGCCUGAACAUCUACCUGGCUGUUGUGGCCUUGCUUGUGGUAACGGCCUUGUACACCGUUACAGGUGGCUUGGCGGCAGUGAUAUACACAGACACCUUACAAACCAUCAUUAUGAUCGUCGGAUCAUUCAUUCUCAUGGGCUUUGCCUUCAAUGAAGUUGGCGGCUAUGAAAACUUCCAAGAACGCUACAUGAACGCCAUUCCCUCCAUUACGGGGAACAUCAGCAAGAGUUGCUAUGAGCCUCGGCAGGACUCCUUCCACAUUUUUAGGGACGCCAUUACAGGAGACCUGCCAUGGCCUGGCUUAGUGUUUGGGCUUACUAUUCAAGCCUUGUGGUAUUGGUGCACUGAUCAGGUGAUCGUGCAGCGUUGCCUGUCAGGAAAGAAUUUAUCCCACGUUAAAGGUGGCUGCAUUUUAUGCGGCUACCUAAAGCUGGUGCCCAUGUUCAUCAUUGUUUUCCCUGGAAUGAUCAGCAGGAUCCUGUACACUGACGUUGUGGCGUGCGUCGACCCGAAUGAAUGUAUAAAACACUGUGGGACCAGCGUGGGCUGCACAAACAUUGCUUAUCCCAAACUAGUGGUGAAUCUGAUGCCCGACGGUCUACGUGGCCUCAUGCUGUCGGUCAUGCUAGCCUCGCUUAUGAGUUCCCUAACCUCCAUCUUCAACAGCGCCAGCACUCUGUUCACCAUGGACAUCUACACCAAGAUUCGUCCUUCCGCUUCUGAGAAGGAGCUCAUGAUCAUUGGCAGGGCAUUUAUCUUGGUACUUAUUGGUGUAAGCAUAGCGUGGAUUCCAGUGGUCCAGUCGGCUCAGAGCGGUCAGCUUUUUGACUACAUCCAGGCCAUCACUGGCUAUCUCACGCCACCUGUCGCUGCCGUUUUCAUACUGGGCAUCUUCUGCAAGCGAGUCAAUGAGUCUGGUGCCUUUUACGGUCUCACCAUCGGGCUCGUAAUCGGCCUAACCAGGAUGAUCGCAGAGUUUGUUUACGGCACAGGUAGCUGUGUGGAGCCCAGUGACUGUCCCACCAUCAUAUGUGGAGUUCACUAUCUCUACUUCGCCAUCAUCCUCUUUGUGCUCUCCUGCAUCAUUAUUCUCGGCGUGUCCCUUGUGACCAAACCCAUUCCAGACAAACACUUGUAUCGACUGUGUUGGAGCCUGAGGAACUCUACUGAAGAGAGAGUCGAUCUGGAGAAAGAAGACUGGGUGGAAAAUGUCAACAACAUGGAAAUAGAGGAACCAGAGGAGGAACCAGGUUUUUGCAAGAAGACACUGGAGUGUUUCUGUGGCCUGGAGCAAAAAAAAGCUCCAAAGCUGAGCAAAGAGGAGGAGGCGGAGCUGCAGAAGAAGCUCACGGACACAACCGAAGUGCCGCUCUGGAGGAAUGUUGUCAAUAUCAAUGCUAUCCUCCUCCUUUGUGUAGCAGUCUUCUUUCAUGGGUUUUACGGCUAA